CCCUCCAAAACAAACAUGAACUUGCAGGACGAAAAGAGAGAUAGAUAUAUCCAGGAUGACAUCGAACAGGAUCAGAUAGGCGGUGAUGAUUUACCAACAUAUGACGACCUCGCUGCACAGAGCGGGCCUAACUCGAGGUUCGGUAGAUGGAGAGGUUGGAUAGAGAAAAGGGCGGCCGAGCGUUAUGCAGACAUCACUCCAGACGAACUCGAUAGACGACGUGCACGGGGCUGGGGGGGCGAAUCACGAGACUCGCAAUCCGACCGGUCCAUUCCAGCUAUGAAAGAGCCGUCUACAGCCUCAGUUCCACCUCUACGAAUACGCAUAAACGAUGGGCUCUCAACUGACGUUCCACAGGUUGACGCCAGCCCCACUCCAGUUGAACCCCCCUCACAGCCUCCGGGUGAACUCCUCUCACCGACUCACCUCAAGCUGCACCAAUUCGGCUCACGGUUCCUCCCACAUUCUACCUCUCCAAUACGCUGUGUUCUACCGCUCCAGUCUGACAGACUGUUGUUGAUUGGCCAUGAUAGCGGACUGUCGGUGCUUAAUAUGUUUCCCAGCGAAUGGGUCGACACAGGAGGACUUGUGCAGAAAGGCCCCAAUGAGGCUCAGGCUAGGCCGAUAUGGGAAGGCGAAGCUGUGUACCAGAUGUCCGUGCUCGAAUCGGAGGAUUCAGGGGAAGGUACUCCAAAAGGGGUAGUGCUUGUACUCGUUGGCCCCGAUACUGAUACACCGUCUACUAACCACGAGAAAGAAUCAAUUCGAACAUUGAGAAUGUAUAAUCUUGCAAGUCUCACGAGCCUUGCGAAAUGGACUAUUGCUCAGCAGUCAGCUCGGCCAUUAGAUCUACAACGACCGUCAGAAGGGAAUCCACAACAGACACCGUCAAAGAGACAUCGUCACGCGAGCAGCCUCACCAAGGGUCUCCGAAACCUAAUGGCUGAAUCUCCAACACGACAUACACCAGAACCACAACCAAGCUCUUACCAAAGCUUCAUUCCAUCUCUCAAGCCACCGCAAGCCUCACGCCAAUCCACACAAUCAAGCCAGUCCACUGCUGCCACAACAGAUUCGACAUGGGACGUCGUUGACGACUUGCCACUUCGUUGGGCGACAGAUUUUGUCCCCUUUGCUGCCCCUGGCUCACGUCUUCUUUCUGCAUCUGUAAUAUCAUAUGCAUUAUGGCAGGAGGGUCAACAAUGGAGUCGGGCGCUACUGGCGGUGGCGACUAAAUCUAACAUCUUCCUAUACGAGAAACCCAAAAAUGAAAGGGCUUUUCAUUUCGUUAAAGAAUUUUAUACGCCUCUCCAGCCGCGCAACUUAAUUUUCGUCCAACAAUCCGUUCAAGACAUUUAUCGCAGUCCUUCUGACGUUGGUCCUACGCGUUACAGUGGGAGCUCGCCAGGCCACUCACGUGUCGUCAGCAGCGACGCCUCCACAGGCCUCUACAGUGCUCGCUCUGCCUUCGCCGCCCCGCUCGGUCUCAGUUACGGCGCACAAACGGCACUGUUCAUCGUGUUUGAGAAGAAGGCAGGAAUCAUUCGCAUUGCCGACGCCGCAGUCACGGAGGUGGACCUAUACGACUCUACACAAACCGCAAAUGUCGUGCUUGCCCGCAGGUCUCGUGCGUCGUAUGACUUUGGGUACACGAAGGAAGGCAAAGGAGCUUGGGUGCUCCCGAGUCAAGCCGACCUUCCCUUUGCCCAAUCACCGUACCAGAAUCUGAUGAGUGGAAAUAGCAGGCCGGCGGGCGGUCCCGGUCUGCGAAGUGUGUACUUCCUAACGCGCGGGAAACAAACGCACAUCGUACCCUGCCCACUUCCCGCUACGCUCUCAACGGCCCCACCAUUACACACUAUCAUGUGGAAGUCCCCUCCUGGGAGCGUCAGCGCACGUAUAUGCCAUCCCGGUAGUGGGCACUCUCCAUUUUUGCAACUCAUCGGGAUGGGUGAAGAUGGUGUUGAGGUGCAGGAAGUUCCCCUUCCUUUGUCCGCUGGCGGACGAGGGAAGGGUAAGGGUAAAGCAGUUGCUGAGCCUCCACAAGCCCAGGCAUUUAUUGGUGAGGCUGGAUUCCUCACCUCAGGCGGAAACUGGCAUCGUCCUAUGCAUCCCACUCCCCUCAUUCGCAAUCUAUCGGCUGCGAGUGUGGUCUCAACUACUUCAUUUGACAGUCUAGAGACAGACGAAAUAGCAACUCGACUAAGAGCUGAGCAAGGAAUUUAUGGUUGGUGGCGAAAAGAUCUUGAGGAUUGGCGAAUAUUCUGGGUCGGUGGAGAUGGAAGAGAGGAUUCACUGGGGGACGAAGGGGAAAGCAAUCGUUCAUGA